AUGUCUUGGUCCGGUGUCGCCCCCUUCAAGAAGUUCAAUGCUCCUUUCCUGAAGCCUUACUGGCCCUUCUUCGCUGCCGGUCUGGUUAUCGCCUACGGCGCCAACUCCCUCACCAACAAGAUGCUGGCCUCCGACGAGUGGAAGAACGACCCCCGCAACCCCAACGCCAAGCUCAAGCACUAA